AUGCCGUUUCGCGAAAACUAGCUUUAAAAUCACGAUACCUUCGACACACCGCCUCUGUCAUCGACAGCAAUUGCGGAAGGACUUCUCGCCCCUUCGGUUAACGGUUAGCAUGUCGAAGUGAGGUUCAGAUGGUCGUCUUCCGAUGACAUCUUCUUACUAUAUAUAACAAACCGUGCUCAACCAACAUGAAGGACGAAGCACUCCACCCUCCAAAUUCAUGCUGUUGGAAACUUGGAAGUGAGAGGGGCCGGCAAACUUCGGGAAAGAGCGUGCUUGCACGUUCAUGGCGUUGGCAUUCCGCCGGCUAUCCUUAGGCUUUCGAGGUUAGUAACUGUCGUAGAGGCAAAUAAAUAAACAGAAGUAGUCGCAGUCUCCGUCCCCGGCUUUAAAAAACACGCAAAAGAAAGGCCCAAAAAAAAAAAAAGUUAUGAUCACACUCUGCUUGUGCUUGUCGUCUUUCUUCCCAGGCCCUCUGCUCUUCUCCCUUCGAAUCUCCUAGGGUAAGUGUAGCGACAGGUGCGCACCACCGCUCUCUUUCUGUCUUUAGAAGAUUUCCCUCGGCCCCGGGCCCUGAGCCAUGUGAUGCAUUUUUGUGGGAGACCGGAUUGUGAUUCGAUUUGGCGUCUGAAAAAUCAUUCAUAGUGGAGAAGCAAGCCCUAAUUUUAUAGUGCGGGCGGGUAGAACCGGGAGUUCUAUCCCUCGAGAAGAGCUGAAAGAUGAAAGGUAGAGAUGGAGGUCGCAGCACGACGGACCUCGUCCGGCACGCUGUCUCUGGCGCAGCGGCAGGAGCCAUAGCUGCAACUUUUGUUUGCCCUUUGGAUGUAGUGAAAACAAGACUUCAGGUAUAUGGAUUGCCUGAACAUGGUCGUGGACAUAAUCAAGGCAGUCUCAUAAUCACAAGUUUACAACACAUAAUUAAGAACGAAGGCAUAAAAGGAAUGUAUCGUGGGCUUUCACCUACAAUACUGGCAUUACUUCCGACUUGGGCAGUGUACUUCACAGUCUAUGAAAAGCUCAAAACAUUGCUUCAGUCACAUGAUGGCCAGCUUUCACUUGGUGGAAACAUCUUAGCAGCUUCUGGUUCUGGAGUUGCUACAGCUGUCACAACCAAUCCACUCUGGGUUGUUAAAACACGACUUCAGACGCAGGGAGCUCGUUCUGGUGUUGUUCCAUAUAGCAGCAUACUUUCUGCAUUAAGAAGGAUUAUGAACGAAGAAGGAAUUUAUGGACUUUAUAGUGGUCUCCUUCCAUCCUUAGCUGGUGUUAGCCACGUUGCAAUUCAGUUUCCAGCCUAUGAAAAUAUAAAAUCUUACCUAGCCAUGAGAGAGAAUACAACUACUAAGGAGCUCAGCCCGGGGAAUGUUGCUCUUGCUUCUUCUUUAUCCAAAAUAAUUGCUUCAGUUAUGACUUACCCUCACGAGGUUGUCAGAUCCAGACUACAGGAGCAAGGAUUUUUGCAUCAAUCUGGAAAGCAAUAUGAAGGUGUUGUUGAUUGCAUUAAGAAGGUCUUUCAAAAAGAAGGUAUUCCUGGGUUCUACCGUGGGUGUGCUACUAACCUCUUGAGGACAACGCCAUCUGCUGUCAUUACUUUCACAAGCUAUGAGAUGAUUCAUAGACGACUAUGCCAAAUGUUUCCUUCCCAAUAGCACUUGAAAGUGAAAAUAUCACCCGAAAACUUAAAGGGGCUUGUGGAGCUCCUUACAUAUUGGUACGAAGUGCAAGUAGGAUACUGUGAACUGGCAACCUGGAGGAAGUGGAGGCAAUAUUUUCGUUUUUAAUGUUAGGGAUAUAACUGCACCACAUUCUUUUUUGGUGGAACUGUGGCGAGGGGUUAUUUCAUCGCAAGUAACAACUACUGUUUUCUGGGAAAACAUUUUUACUUCAAAAUUUGGUGAUAGAGAUGCAAAGCUAAUACCACUAUGAAGAUUUUUCUCUUCUGCAGUCCGUUCAUCACAUUAUACAUUCUUGAAUUGAAUAAUCUUGACUGUCUUGCUUAGCAUUAGUGUAGCAGCUUGCUUUUGCAACUUUUGUUAUAUAAAAUUCAGAGAACUCUCUCUGGCACAGUUGUGUUUUUUUGUUGUUGAGCCUGUAUUCUGAUGUUUCAUAACACAAGUGAAUUAUUUUUUGAUGGAGUUCUGGUUUUAACUGAAUGAAAAUCAACCACAAGAAGUUAAGUUCCUAAUA